AUGACCACCAAUAUCUCUCCAAGUUCAGAGAAACCCGCACCUCCCAACGUUGCUCUCUCGCUAGCCAAAUUUCGAGGGUUCGGAUGCGACUCGGACAACCCAGGAUCGACCGUGGGUCCACCCAAGGACGAAUCUUCACGUAAGAAGGGGACCAGCAAGUUACGACCGAAGGAGAAAGAUGUCAGCAUUCCAUCGGUACCAAUCAACCUCACUGCUACCCAAAAAAAUUCUCACAAGCGCUCGGUCGACGCUACGGCGGAUUCCCAGGAUGAUCGAAUUAGUCUCGCGCAGUUCCGAGAGUGGUCUGUAUCGAGACUUUACUCUAGUUCUGGACAACCACCAGUGGUCAUUAACGAGAGCGACCAAGCCGAGGACAACGAUGACCAGCGCAACACAGAGGAUCUUAUGCUCGAGAACUGCACCAUAAUCCGGGACUUUCUACAAAAGCAGAUCCGGGUAGCGACUUGGGAGGUUUAUCAGGCUCAAAGAAAGAUCACAAUGCUCACAGAAUUCAGGAAGUAUUUGGCAGAGCAGCUGGAAGAGGUGGAAAAGGCCAUCGACGAACGAAAUGCGCAUGUGAGGGACGGGCCCAUGUUCGGCGGGAAAUAA